AUGGUAGAAGGAGAGAGGCUAUUGGUAGUAGGACUGUAUGCACCCAACCAAAGAAAAGCAGCCUUCUACAAAAAACUGGAGAAAAGACUAAUAGAAUUUAUAGAAGAAAAAAUGCUCCUAAUGGGAGAUUUUAACAGAGUGGUCGCCCCAGUGUUAGAUAGAGCUGGAAGGAAAAAAACUAACAAAGACUGCAAAUUACCAAAGUCCUUCUUUAAUAUGAUAGAAAGGCUGGAUUUAAUAGAUAGUUGGAGGGAUAAAAACCCCACCUCUAAACAGUACACAUUCUAUUCUGAGCCCAAUCAGAGCUCAGGAAGGAUAGAUUACAUCUGGGUGUCGAGAGAAUUAAGACCUAAAAUAAGCAAAAUUGAUAUCCCACCAAGAACCCUCUCGGACCAUAAUCCGAUGUAUUUAGAAUUGUUGGCUGCAUUGAUAUUUGUCGAUGCCGAAAAGGCGUUCGACAAUAUAUCUUGGGAAUUUAUGAAAAGGCUAAUAGAAAAAAGAGGUAUGGGAGAAAGGUUCAAAAAAUGUAUUGAGGCGAUAUACACCAGACAGAAGGCCAAACUAAUAGUAAAUAACACCUUAACAGAAGAGCUGAAUAUCUCUAAAGGAACGAGGCAAGGGUGCCCCUUAUCACCCUUGUUAUUCAUUUUGGUGUUGGAAGUCCUUAUGAACAAAAUAAGAAACAACAAGGGGAUAAGGGGAAUAAGGGUUGGUCGGAGAGAAUAUAAACAGAAGGCCUUUGCCGACGACCUGGUAUUAACACUGGAGGAUCCCGAAACCAGCUUAGAGGAACUAAUGAAGGAAAUGAAUAAUUUUGGAAACCUGGCAGGGUUCAGAAUGAACAAAAAAAAGACUAAAAUGAUUGUUAAAAACAUGACAAAAAAGGAAAGGGAAGAGCUUCAGGGGAAAUAUGGGAUCGAAAUGGCAAAAAGAGUAAAAUAUCUGGGAAUCUGGUUGUCAGACAAAAAUAUAAACUUGUAUAAUGACAAUUACAUCAAAACCUGGAGUGACAUUAAAAAAGAUUUGGAAACAUGGAAAAAUUUACAUCUCUCACUGUGGGGUAGGAUAGCCACAGUGAAAAUGAACAUACUACCAAGACUCUUAUUCCUGUUCCAAAUGGUCCCAGUAAUAAAGGGCGUCGGCACAUUCGAGCAGUGGAGGAAGGAGAUCUCCAGAUAUAUUUGGCAGGGGAAACCACCACAAAUUAGACACAAGAUAUUAAUUGACAAAAAGGAGAGAGGCGGUUUCGCGCUGCCAGACCUCAAACUAUAUUACGAGGCCUCCUGCAUGGUCUGGCUGAAAGAAUGGGUAACCUUAAAAGACCCCGAUCUUUUAGACCUUGAAGGGUUCAACAAUAGAUUUACUUGGCACAGCUACCUGUGGCAUGACAAAGUUAAAUCGCACAGAGGCUUCCUAUCUCAUGUGAUCAGGAAGCCACUGUAUGAAGUAUGGGCCAGAAAUAAGAACCUUCUGGAAAGAAAAACUCCAAGGUGGUUGUCCCCAACAGAAGUCUUGACUAUAAAAAAAACGAACAUGGAGCUGAACUGGCUAUGCUAUGAGGAUAUACUUGUUGAAACGGAAGAGGGGUGGAAAAUCAAAUCAUAUGAGCAACUGAAAGAAAGGGGUAUUGGAUGGUUGCAGUACUACCAGAUCCAAGACUUGUUCAAAAAAGACAAUAAAAUUUAUGGGUUUGAGACUACUAAAUCUAAAUUCCAGGAAAUAAUGCAAAGUAAACAUAAAUCGCUAACAAAAAUGUACGACCUUCUUCUAGACUGGUAUACAAAGGACGAAGCCACCCAAGAGUGCAUGAUUAAAUGGGCAAUAGAUUUAGGCCACAAUAUUAACAUCGAUCAAUGUAGAGUGAUAGAGAACUAUCAGCAUCUUCUGGCUUUGGCUUUUGCGGCAAAGGAGGUUAACGAAAACCCCCAGAUUUUACCCAAUAUUUCACUGGGAUUCAAUAUUUAUGAUAACACUUUGGAUGCUAGCUGGGCCUAUCCUGCUGCAAUGCACUUUAUUUCACCAAAGGACAGACUUCUCCCCAAUUUUAAGUGUGGGACCCAUGAAAAUUUAUUGACUAUCACUGAGGAUAUUACUUAUUUCUACUUUCCUAUACCACAAAUAUUUGCUAUCUACAAGAUUCCUCAGCUCAUAUAUGAUUCUGCUUCAAUCAUGCUGGAGAACAGCGAAAUCCCUUCCUUCUACAAAAUGCUUCCAAAGAGACUUGAUCAGUUCAGGGGGAUUCUCAAAUUACUUGACCAUUUCCAAUGGAGAUGGAUUGGAUUGUUUGCUGCAGAUGGAAUGACUUUACAAUGGUUCAUACAAAAGAUGAUACCAGAAUUUUCCAAUCAUAGUAUUUGUUUUGCAUUUCUUGAUUCAUUCACCAGUUUUGAAUAUGAUAUUGAGAAAAGAAAUUAUAUCAGAAGUACAGUGUACUUGUCUGAUAAGAUCAUGAACAGCAAAGUCAAUGUCUUGGUCUUCCAUGGAGAGACUAGAAAUAUGUGCCUUUGGAGACAUCUUCUACACCUAGGAAUCAAGGCCCAAAUGCAAAAUCCAAAAGGAAAAGUCUUUAUUCUGACAAUCGGGAUGGAGUUAAAGACGUACCUCUUCAAUCCUAUCUUAGAUAUGCGAUAUAUCUCUGGAGCUUUAUCAUUUGCACUUCAGUCUAAUGAACUUCAAGGAUUCAGACAAUUUAUUCAGAACAGAAACCCUUCUAAUGCUGAAGGAGAUACUUUUAUUAAAGAUUUCUGGACAGAUCAAUUUCGCUGUAUAUCCCAGGACAUUGUUCUGGACCGUUUUGUAUUGGGUAAUUACUCUGGGAGAGCUUGCACUGGAGAGGAGAAACUCGAGAGCCUUCCUGAGCACGUCUUCCCAAGGAGUGUAACAGGCCAGAGCUACAGCUUUUACAAUAGUGUCUAUAUCGUGGCUCAUGCCUUACAUGUCAUGAUUUCAUCCAGAUCCAGAAGGAGAUUGGGGAUGAAGAGAGAAAGAUGGAGCCUUCAUAAUCAUGAGCCAUGGCAGCUCUACCAUUUUUUGAAAGCUGUGUCAUUUAACAACACUGUUGCGGAGAAGAUUUCCUUUGACCAGGAUGGGGAGCUCAUUCAAAAGUAUGACAUUAUCAAUUUGGUCACAUAUCCAAACCAAUCUUUCAAUAAAGUGAAAGUUGGAAGGAUGGAUCCCCAAGCUCCUCCUGACGAACUCUUGAGCAUCAAAGAGGAUGCAAUAGUGUGGCCCAGCAGGUUCAAUCAGACACGGCCUGUUGCUUUGUGUAAUCCCAAGUGCCCGACCGGUUAUAGGAAGAAAAGCAAGGAGGGGGAGUCCUUCUGCUGUUAUGACUGCAUUGUCUGCCCCCAAGGGUGGAUAUCAGAGCAUGAAGAUAUGCCUGUGUGUUCAAAAUGUCCGGAUGAUCAAUAUGCAAACAAGAGACAGAAUGCAUGUAUUCCCAAGACUGUAACCUUCUUAUCUUAUGAAGAACCUUUGGGUAUCAGUUUAACGAUUUCUGCCAUUUCAUUUUCCAUUAUCACAGUUCUGAUGCUAAGAAUAUUUUUGAGGCAUCAUGAGACUCCCAUAGUUAAAGCCAACAACAGGGGCCUGACCUACACUCUCCUCAUCUCCCUCCUACUCUGCUUCCUUUCUGCACUCCUGUUUAUCGGCAGACCUGACAAGGUGACAUGUUUUCUGCGCCAAACUGCCUUUGGCCUUGUGUUCACAAUGGCUAUGUCUUCUGUGCUGGCCAAAACCAUCACUGUGGUUCUCAUUUUCAUGGCCACACAGCCUGGAUCCAGGAUGAAGAAGUGGGUGGGGAAAAGCCUGGCCAGCUCCAUUGUGGUUUCUUGCUCCAUUCUCCAAGGAGGCAUCUGCCUGGUGUGGCUUUCCACCUCUCCUCCAUUCCCAGAUAGUGACGCCCAGUCAAUGACUGAGGAGAUUGUAUUGCAAUGUAACGAGUCUUCCCCAAUCAUGUUUUACUGUGUCCUGAGCUAUAUGGGCUUGCUAGCUAUGGCCAGCUUCACUGUAGCUUUCUUUGCCCGGAACUUGCCUGACAGUUUCAAUGAAGCCAAGUUCAUCACUUUCAGCAUGUUGGUGUUUUGCAGUGUUUGGUUGUCCUUUGUUCCAACUUACUUGAGCACCAAAGGGAAAUACAUGGUGGCUGUGGAGAUCUUCUCCAUCUUAGCCUCCAGUGCUGGGUUGCUGACUUGCAUCUUCUUCCCCAAAUGCUACAUUAUCUUGUUGAGGCCUGAGCUGAACAAAAGGGAGCAGCUAAUAAGGAGAGGAAAACACUGA